CAGGAGGUACAGCGUCGGGGUACCCAUAUGGCUGAGUGGGCCGUGGCGGGGCGCGCCCUCGGCCGGCGUCCCCGGGGCUCCGGCGGGUCUGCGCGCGCGCCGCCGCGGGAAGCAGGUCGGCCUUGCCCGCCCCUCGUCCGCGACCAGAAGAAGAUGGGCACCCGACUCUGACCCCGAAGACGCACCCUUGCCCUCGUUCUUCUGAGCGCCGCCUCGACCCCCAGUUGUUCCAGGGGCGCAGUUCCCCGCACCUUGCAGGUCCCAGGCUGAAAUUCGCGAGUAGAUAGUGGGCCAUGCUGUGUCCUGGGGGUACCACUCGUAGAAGACCUGACCUUGGUGCUGUAGGAUACGACAGUCUGGGGCAGAUGCUAUUAGAAGCCUAUUGCCACUUGUCUUUCUCCCUCAGUCUAUGAUAUGAUCUGUAAAUUUGGGUUUGAAGUCAGAGAAACUUGUGCUAUCAAUAGCAUUGUAACUCAGAGGGGUGAAAGUAUGCUGGAAGACAAUCACAGACGGUGUGAUAACAGAAUCAGCCAGAGUCUGGAUUACCCAGGAAGUGUGAGGCUGCUGGGCCCUGUGUGUGAGGCCGUCCACUCACAUUUGUUAUCCUCUGACCAAGGAGCAGUUUGAAAUCUGUUAUACACCGUGCUGCAGUGGACAGCUUUUCCAGAGGUUUGGCUUACAACAGUCUUUAGAAUAGAAGACUUCACAGAGGUCUACUUAGAGGCCCUCCUUACCUGCUAACUUUAAAGGGGUCCCUCAUCCUCUAGCCUCCACCUGUGAAAAAGGGAAAACUUGGCCUGAGGCUGAGAAGCACAUCCUGUGAACAAAGGAAGUUUUUGGAUGCAUUAUCCGUAUUGGGGGCCGGGGAGGGUAGUUAGGCACAUGGGUGCUGGUCCUGGGACCAGACGAGAAUGGACUGCUCCAGAACAAAAGACCUUGUGGACGAUAGUAAGGUGUUGUUGAGACAGUGGGGACAAGGAGAUGGGGUGGGGAUGCUUGGUUUUGUUGAGGCUGAAUCAAAGGGGGGAGGGGUAGUUUGGGGGCCACGCAGUUUGGGUUGGUUUCUUGGUUGGUUCAAACCAGCCAUUCCAGCUGGCACAUUAAAUGCCCACCACAGAGCAGUAGCUCUACAAAGUCUAGUUCUAAAAUACUUAAGAGUUUUCUGAUGUGGGAGUAGGUGGGUCACUGCUUCUUCUCCCCCUUUUCUUGGCUCUUAAGGGACAGGUUUUGUUUUUGUUUUUUUUUUUAAGAACUAAUCAAAAUAGGAAAUAAGGUUAGGUCAAGAUAUUUGACUUUUUUAUGACAGAUUUAUUGCUUUCGAUAACAUUGAAGAAAAAGCUUUUGAAAAACUUCUAACGUAUUAACGUUUUUUUGAUCUUUUUAGAUUUUAUUGUAGUUGAGUCUUGAACAGCAACGGGCGUAGGGGUGGUCACCCCCUGUCCAGUUGAAAAUCUGCAUGUGACUUUUGACUCCCUCAAACUUAACCACUAACAGCCUACUCUUGACCGGAAGCCUUACUGGUAGCAUAAGCAGUCAAAUUACCACAUGUUUUUAUUUCCUGAAAUACUUGAUGCUUUGGAAAGCCUUCAAUCUCCCGCUAUUUCUCUUAGCUUAAUGAAACUGACAGCAUGUCUAGAACGGGCUUUGGGUGAUGUAUUUUUACUGAAUGGGAAGGAAUGUCCUUUUCUUUUAAGAGAUCUGCUUGCAUCUAAGGAGCUUGCUCAGGUCUUUGGGCAGUCUGUGAUGGACGUACUGAAAGUCUUCCUUGGAUCUCCACGCGGGCUCAAUCUGCGUAACAUCCUGUGGCAUGGGUUUGCGUCCCCUCACGAAGUCCCUCCGAAAUACUGUUCGAUGAUGACGCUGUUGACAGCGGGCUUGGGUCAGCUGCUAAAGAGUUACUUGCAACAAACUAAAUUCGCAUUGGUGCACCGACCUUUCAGAGCUCUUCCAGACCUUGAGGAUUUGGCCGUUUUCCCAGAUAUGACUUCUGAGGUACUUCCAGUGUUAGAAGAAGUGAUGAAGAAAUCCACUUUUAUAUUAAAAAUCAUGUUGCCGUACUGGGAAGAGGCGUUAAUCAGGUUCAAGGCACACAGGUUUGCUGACUGUGCCGUGUUGUUACUGCCGCAGCUGGAGACGGGACUCAGGAGAGUGUUUGCCAUCGUUAACAAGUGUCCACAGAGACUUCUGACGGCUGAGUCAACAGCUCUUUAUACCACCUUCGAUGAAAUAUUGGCAAAGCACUUGAGUGAUGGUAAACUCAAUCAACUUCCUCUUUUCCUUGGAGAGCCUGCAAUGGAGUUUCUUUGGGAUUUCCUGAACCAUCAGGAGGGUCCUCGUGUAAGAGACCAUCUGAGCCACGGGGAGAUCAACUUCCCCGAAUUUCCAAAGGAAGCGGCGAACCAGUUGCUUGCAUUUUCCACCGUGCUUUUACUCCGAUUCGUCGACGAAGGCCUGUUGUCCGUGCUUAAGGAAAAGGCGGCGACAAGGUCACUGGUCGGUGUCGCCGAAAACUACCGUGCUCACGUCCACCCGGUGUCUCAGCUGAGAAAACAGGUGCUGAGCUGUGAGAAGAGCCUCGGGGCUUGGCCCCUCCUGUCUUUGCCCGCAGAAGCUGAGGAGGCUGCCAGAUUAGAAGGUCAUUCUGAGACCGAUGCCUGCAACUCUUUACUUACAGAAAUCAUGUCUGAGCUGUGUCACCACCUGCCUGAGGAUCACCGUGUCACUAGGGGCUUGGACAGCCUUCCUGCUGAGAAGUGGCCCCAGGUGAUCCGUGAACUCUGCGGCACCCCCGUGCCAACUCUGUUCUGUCCCAGAACCGUUCUGGAAGUGCUCACUGUCCUCCGAAACAUCACCGCACACUGUGCCCGCGUGUCCAGCCAGGUCGCUGCCUCUGCGGAGCUCAGACAGCGGCAGUGGGUGGAACGGAGGCUGCGCUCCCGGCAGAGACAGACGUAUCUGCACAUGCUGAGUAGUAUUAAGCUUCUGUCUCCUGUGCUUUACCUGAUUUUACUGCUGAUUGCGCUGGAAUUGGUCAACAUUCAUGUGGUUCAUGGAAAAAAUACUUGCGAAUAUCAACAGUAUCUAAAGUUCUUAAAGUCGAUCUUGCAGUACACGGAGAACCUGGUGGUUUACACCAGCCAAGAGAGGAACAAGUGGAAUGAAGCGAUCGUUCUUACGCGUACAGCUCUGUUGAAAAUUUGGACUUUCAGUGAGAAGAAACAGAUGUUAAUACAUUUAGCCAGGAAAUCCACAAGUAAAGGGGUUCCGUGAAAGCACUUACUGUCAAGAUGCUUUGGGCGACAUCCAGAAACCCGGUCCACACAGGCUUUAUUUACCUGCAUGGAAAUUGAAAAUCCAAAGGUAGGGUGGUUUCCAGGGUCUGUUUGAUCAGGGAUCCAAUUCCGUUU